GAUUUAAACUCCGUUUUUCGGUGAAAGGGAAGCCAUGUCGUCUGCGGUGGUAGCUGCCUCUCGUAGACAGUCCUGUUAUUUAUGCGACCUGCCCCGCAUGCCCUGGGCUAUGAUCUGGGAUUUUACCGAACCCAUCUGCAGGGGAUGUGUUAACUACGAAGGAGCGGACCGGAUCGAGUUUGUGAUUGAGACAGCCCGGCAGCUGAAGCGGGCUCACGGCUUCCAGGAGGGGAGGUCUCCGGGACCGGGGAAACAGCAGCAGCUAUCCGGGAAAGAGAUCCAGUCUAACCACCACGGGUCUGGAGGAGACCCCGGGUCCCGGCCGUCACAGCCCCUAGACCGCUACCCCCUCUCCACCUUGGACCGUCCACUGCGGAUGGGACCGGAGUACCAGUCUGGGAGACAGGCUAACGGAAUUCCGGUACCUAAUGGAUUUCCUAAACCGGACGACUCACACGAGCUCAACCGGCAGAGCCCCAACCCGCGAAGGAAUAACACGGUUCCUCCAAAUCUCGUUCCUCUGGUGAACGGGAACAUGUCCUUGUUACACGUAGGUAACGGCAGAACCGUGUGUCCGAUGGCGAUGGGGCACCCGGGGUCCGGUUUGAUUGCAGGUAGCCCCAACGAGCACGGCGGCGGUAAACAGUUAGUCUCGGUCUCCUGUAGUGACCAGCACGAGAAGGAUAAGCAGCACAUACCUGACAGCUUGACACCGGAGAUAGAGCAUCACAAAGCCCGGUCGGAUGAGUGGACGAACAAGGGGAAAACGGUCAGGGACUUGAUGGUUCUCCAUACUUUCGACAGCCGGUUCAAGAAGGAUCAUGCAGCCAUGCAACAGAGGGUGAUUGGCUAUGAGCAACAACAGAACGGAGCUGCUUCCAAAUCAG